UCUCAAUGCCCGAUUUCGUGAAGGGCUCGCCUACUAACAAAAUGUAAUUAUUCAGUUGCUACACCGAGAGAUAUCAGAUCCUCAAAAUAUUGAUCAUCGUUGUCGUGGAAACAUCGGAUGAUCAAGAUACAAACAAAUGAAUAAAACGAAAAAAUAAUCUUCAUUUGUAAAUCUGACGAUUUUGAUUGAUGACAAAAUGAGCAGAGGGAAUCUAGGCAUUUCAAGAUGGCUCGAUGCAUAUUCAGAACAAAAUCCCGGGCUCACAACUUUACCUGGAAACGUAGUUCUCUCGGAUAUAAAUGGCGAUGGAAAUUAUUGUUUGGUCAUCACAGAUAUCAAAUUCGGUGAUACCAAACGUAGUAAAAUGAAAGUUUAUAAAGGAACAACGAUAACUGAUAUAACCUUGCCAGAUUUACCAAAUUCUUUGGUAACAUUUUACACCGAUCAACUGGAGCCAAGAAUACCAGCUGUAGCAGUCGCAUGUGGCUCAAGUUUGUUCAUCCACAAGAAUAAUAAGCCAUAUUUCAAAUUUCAAUUGCCAUAUUCACCAGUUUCGGCAUCAGAAGCUGAAUGUUGGGCGCCAGUUUUGGAAAGUGAUGAUAUUUCAGAGGAACUUAUAGAGAAGUUAAAAAAAGAUCUUUCGGCUAUUCAAUAUGAUAAGCUGAGCAAUAGGUCACAAGAAUUAUUGACCGUAUCUGAAAAGGCAAAAAUUGAAAAAAUAGUGCGUAGUUAUAAUACAAAAGAUAUUAUUAAAGAAUCUCCAAUCACAUGCAUGACCACUUUGAAGAAGAAGUCGGAUGACAAAUUCGAAGUAUCUUGUCCUGUUUUAGCAACUGAGUCUGGAAAUAUAUAUAUCCUAGAUCCACAAUCAUUCACCAUCCUACAUCAGGCAAAUGCCUGCAGAAUGAAAGUGACUCCAUUCAUGAUGAGAGCCACAGGAGUACUUAGCCUUGAAUUUCGAAUUUUGGUGGCUUGUAGAGAAGGUUAUAUAUGCGUCUUACAAAGAGGCUGGCUGGAGGGAAAAUUCAUUAUUCAAAUGACUCAUAAUAUUGCCGAUUUCGUUGUUAUCCCAGAUGACAAUUUAAUAAUCGUGGCUACAACGGAUAAAAUACUGAACUGCUUCUCGAAACGUGGUCAUAAACUAUGGUCACUGGUGAUGUCGAAUGAAAUUAUUUGCUUAUGUUUAGUACCUCUUCCGCAUAUACGAAUGAAUGUUAUAGCCGUUGGUCUAAAAAAUGGAGCUAUUCAUCUAUACCAGGGAAGAAAAUGCGUUGAUCAAAUCAAUGUACCUGACGCUCCCUCAGUUAUUACAUUUGGUCAACUUGGACAAGAAGAGCAUGUACUUGUUAUCAUCACUAUAGCUGGGACUGUAAUAUUCAGGAUUCUGAAACGAACGGCAGACUUCAAUUCAAGUGUUACAGAAAAUGUUCCCUUGAUCCAAAACAAACCUUUGUCACUACCUAAAAGGAGCAAAUUAUUUUUGGAACAAACUAUGAGAGAAAGGAACACCUUUUUGGAUAUACAUCAAACAUUUCAACAAGAUUUGAUGAGAAUCAGAUUGCAUACUGCCAAAGAGCUACUCCAACAGAGUACGAAUCAAACAAAUUCCAUUAAUCAAAAAGAACAGGUGAAAUUGUCAGCACAGGUGUUGGGCUUGGGUACAAAAUUCACAGUUACCUUUACAUUGGAAAAUAUGGAAACUAAUUCGGCAUUAAGAGGAGUCAUUAUGAUAUUGCACGUCAAUCCUUUGAAUUAUGAAUGUUCUCCUAAUAAAACAUCAGUGCCUUUGCUGCAACCAGGGUUUUCUCACAAAAUCAGAGUAAAGAUAGAGGAAAUUGUCGGUGAAAAUCAAACAAAUGUACCAAGAACUCCAGAAGACUGUACUAUACGUGUAUUUAUUACAAGAAAACACCAAACGCAGCCAAUGCUUGCAGCUACAGUGAAUAUGCCACUAUCAGAAAACAUUUCACUUUAAAUAAUUUGAAGCCCAAUUCAUGUACGAUUCAACGAAAAUUGUUGGUAAUAUUGAAGCAUGUGUUCUCAUUUUUUCUGAAUUUUAGAAUUUCAUGUUUUUGCCAAAUUAAUCAACUAAAGGAAAAUCUCGCCUCAACUUGAUUUAAACUGAUUUUAAUUUCGAAAAUAUUGAGUAAAAUUUUUCAAUCAUCUAAUUUCAUGCUUAAAUAGAACUAAGUAUUUCGUUAUUUACUUAACAUUAGUGAAAAAGCAUUAUCAGUUAUACAGGGCGGAUCUUUUUCAAAUGACCUUAGUCUAGUAUGUGUAAUAGUGUGAAUAAACAAUUUGAAA